AUGGCUGCCGUCGAACCCCAGAAAGAAAAGAAGAAGCGCUUCAGCCGCUUGCUCGGCACGAAGCGAGAAAAGUCUCCCGAAUCCCCGCCCACGUUCCCGCCAGACUCGGCAUACGCAAGCAGUGAUACUCCAAUCACUCCAGCGACUGACAACAACAAGUCAACGUCUGAAAUUGUCCCGGCGGAGAAGAACAGCGAAAUUGCAAACAUCGACAAAGACAGGAACCUGGGUGUCAGGCCGGCUACUGGCGAAGUACUCGACAGAGACACCGGCGAGGUUGUUACUGUCGUGACUACAACGACCACCACCACUACCACAACGACUCGCAAGCCGGGUCAGAAACCUGGCGUCCAGAAAGAUGUCCAGAAAGACGUGCAAGAGUCUACGCAGACCCAGCCUGCUAUCACAGACGGCGCAACCAGUACUACAGCCGACAGGUCUGGCGUCGUAGAGAUGCCCGCAACUCCUGCCGAAACACAGCCGGCAUCUGCACAGGCACACCAUCAAGCGCCUCCUGCUUCUGGUCUAGCUCCUGCUGUGACAGAUCGAUCAUCAUCAAACCGUCUUCGAAAGCAAUCACCAGGAAUUCCGCCACGAAGCAACAGAAGGUCGGGUGAUCGUAGUACCUUCGGGGCUCCGCCUUCAGAUGCACAGCCAGAGACUGGCUAUUUCGCUCGUCCUGGCCCGACAGGCAAUACGCCUCCUCUCAGCCCAGCUCGGGCCUCCAACUUUAGCUACCCUUCUCGUAAUCGUGACUCCAUGGACCCGGAUGGCGUUUCCCUCGUUACCACAGACCAUCCCACGACCAACAACAAGUCAACCAUUUCUGACCUUCGUGCAGCAGCCAAGGGGAUUCAUGGCGUCGGAGAAACGCUGCGCGGUACACUAAACAGCACCAUCGACCAGAACUUCCCGCGCAAGAACGACAAGAAAGCUGCCAAAGCGAACGCCAAGAACGACGCAGUCCUUGCCCGUGGACGGAACGAAGUCGCCGGCAUCCCGCAUCACCGUGAAAACCAACCCGCCGGCUAUACUCACCUGCCGCAGCAGCAGCAGCACGCUGGUGCACACCCGCCGCCACCCAUGCCCGCUGGUGCACCACCAGUCAAGCCGCCGUCCCCGAAGCGAACGGCCACCAGCGAGCAGACAAUACCGGGCUCGUGGAGCCCGGAAUACGACGACGGGCCCGCUCCCACCACCUCGGCCACGGGCGGUCUCACGGACGGACGACACGGCGAGCGCGAACGCGAACGCGAGAAGGAGAAAAGCAAGUCCAUCAGCAAGCUCUUCAAGCGAAAGCCGGUCGCGGCCAAGGAGGGAGAGUUGAGGGUAAUGAAUCCUUGA